GCGCCACGAUUAUUCAAGCAUACAAGCGAGUUUGUGACCGCAUGCUGAAACGCGUUCAAGAUAUGGAACCGCAUCGCAAGAGAAAGUUUUGCAACAUAUUUGCCGGCCAAUGGAAGACUCACGACUGCCUGGAAGGUGCCGUCCUCAGUUCCGCUCUGUUAUUGCUUUUGGCGACCUUGAAGAUUCUCACAUCUGUCAUUAUUUGCAUGGGCCGUGUUUGGCUGGGUUUCGCCGUGGCACAAAAUUGCCUAUAACUCCUCUCUCAGCCCGCGUGGUCAGGUGAGUCCAAGGGCAAGUUGUGAUAUGGGCUGCAGUCCCCCUGAGUUGGGGUCACCUCUGAGAGAUAGACCCCAUUCUGCAAGAGUGCGAGUGCGGUAUCGAAAUCCCCGAUGCUGUUCAUUACGUUCGUCGCCCUUCUUGGGGCUGUUUCUAACGCCUACCUAGUACCUCGAACCUCGACUCCACAGUGCUUCGGCCUCAGUGCGGAGUCUAACAAUGGCGACCGCAAGAUCGCCAUUGUCAUCGAUGCCUCGUACUCCAUGCUCUCGUCUGAUCCUCUCGAUCUGCGUCUGGCUGCUGGCAAGUCCGUCCUGGACUGGCUGAUCACACAGGGAGAAGCAACUAGUGACAAGAAGCAAGACGCCGUGACCGUGAUUGAGUUUAGCGACGAUGCUACUCUUGAUUACGCGCUUGGUGAUCCCGCGAAUGCAUAUGGCGCCGUGGCAAAUAUCUCUAUCACUGGGGGGACUUAUAUCGCCAGCGGUGUGGAGAUGGCCAUCGCACAGCUUACGGCCGACGGCACGGGGGCAACUGCAGACCGAAGUGGUAUCGUGGUCUUCACCGACGGAGAGGACUCCAGCGUCCGUCUCCUCGUGGAUCAAAUAAAUAACGCAGCAAAAGUAGGCAUCCGUGUAUCCUUUGGCUUUCUCUCCACUAGCUCUGGUCUCUCAUAUCAAGACAAGAGCGUCCUCAGCGCCAUCAUGAAUUCUGGGGGCCGCUAUUUUACCAUUUCAGCUGCGCAGAGCUCUAAUAACUUCAUCAACGGAAUAAUCGUCAACGGAUUGACCAAGAAUGACAAUCCCAACGGCGACACGUCUGUCUUACUUGCCGGUCUCGAUUCUUCUCACUACAUUUCCGGCUCCGAGACGCAGACUAUGACGUACUACGCAAGGAAAAAGGAGAAGCUCACCUUUACCGUCCAGAGCCUAGACGCGGGAAACCUCGACGUGCAGGUCAAGUCCGGUGCGAGUGUACUUGCAAGUGGACAUACGUCCUUUUCCGGUUCGACUCUUAACAUUGUUUCACCUGGUGAUGGGAACAUUGAUGUCAGGGUUACAGCCAAGAACGUCGGCAAAAACUCCAUCUUUGUCGUGGGCGUUGAGUCCGACCUCCCGACUCAAAACUGCACCGUGGGUAUUGGUAAGGGUGGCCCCGGCGGCGGUUCAAAUGUAGCCAAAACCGCCGGCCUAGCGGGAGGUAGUGUUGGCGGUCUUGCGAUUCUGCUCGUAGCCAGCUACUUCAUCUGGAAAUACUGCUAUCCAAAGCAUCCCAAACCACCUACUGGUGCGGAAAUGGCAACUCCUGGGGUGCCUCCUGCUGCGCCGCCACUAUCCAAAAACUGGUUCAGUUCUCUUAACCACGUCACCCCUGCUAUGCCGCCCCCCCCAUCGUACCACACUGCGCCAAAUAAUAUGCCGCACAACCCCGACCAUCCAGACUAUCCAGACCAUAACGACGACUCGGUCGAUUACGAGUCAGGCUCCGAAUACGACGACGUCCCCGAGGGCGACGACGACGAAAAACCCCUCGGAGAGAAUCCCAGCCAGUCGCAAGACCCAACACAGAAUCCGCAGAAUCCGCCAUCUCACGCACACAACAGGAGGCCCCAUCGCCGCAUGAAGCGCGUCCGCAUCUACGGCAACAACCACCACCACCACAUCGCACCAGACCACCCCUGCUACAACGCCAAAUGUCCAAUCACCGCACCUAGUCACGUCUGCGACGACCCGAACCACCCAUGCACCUGCGUCGACCCCAAAUGCAAGCUCAACUCUCGCGUGCAUAUGUGCAGCGAUAAUAAUGCCCCUCUCCACAGGUGCCCCGGGCCGAAGCGUAGCACAAACUGUCCACUCCAAGAUCCUCCAUAUGCGGAAGCCAAGGAGAAGGAGCAUGCCGAGUUAGUGCGCAAGUACAUGGCGGAAGACUUUGCGAAGUCGGGUGUCAAGACAGCGGCUUCGUAUGGGAUUCGAACGCUGGCGCUGUAAGGAGGGGAUACGUGGAAGAUGGUAGUGUCAGGUGUGAUAUGUUAAUA